AUGAGAUUCUCCAGCACACGUCGUUCAGUAAGAAAAACUCAUAAGAAUCCGGGAGAGUCCGAUUCGAAGUUUGGGAGUGCUACAUCCAGACCCAGAGAAAAUGCUCGCAGACUACCUAUGUUAAUCAGGAGAAGACAGCGUUAUACACAACAAAGGUCAAACUGCACGGCUUUACGUUUGGGAAAAAAAUCCCAAAUAAUUGCUGAAAGCCUUACAGAGCUCUCGACCUCUCUUUCGCAGGAGGCUGACAUGGCUCCUGUUUCCAAAGCCCUUGACGCUAUUGAGACGGUUAGUGGGAAACAAAUUUCAUUGUGUGCGUCUAUUCCAGAAAUUGAGAACAGAGGAGUCUAUAGGUUGCCCAUCCAAAACAAAGACUGGAGUCUACCACUUAUUGAGGGCCCUGAUCCAGACCUGGAAGUCCCUGUCUGCCAGUUUCUGUGGGAAGAUUCCAACAUGACUGGCAAUGGAGCAAGCCAGAUAGGGUACCCAGAACCGUCUCCACUAAUUAGCGAGGAGGAAAGACUUGAACUUCUGAUCGAGAGUCCUGAGGAUGUUGGAGAAAAGAACGGAAAGAAAAGUCUUGAGAACGUCGGAAAAGAAACUCUUGAGAACGCUGCUCAGGAUCUUGGCCAAACCAGCGAUGGUGAAUCUGUACAUGCCUUAACUAAAAACGGGACGAGUACCCUCCUUUCUGACAGCAAUGAAGAAACAUGUUUUGGCUCAGGGCCAUCUGCUAAAGGACCUAAAAAGAAUACCAGAAUAUUGAGCGGGCUGAGGACAGAUUCCGUUGCGAGUUCCCCAGCAUCUGCUCUCGAGGUAAGCACCCCUGGGUCUACAAAUGGCCCUCGGAAUAAAAAAAAAAUGGAUCUUGCUGGAUCCGAGUCCAGGUCAUCUCACGCUUUAGACCCAGAGUUGGAAGCGACCAUCAGAAACGCACCUUAUUCUGCGGAUGAAACUGAUACUUUCGCCACUACCCACUUGAAUUACGAGGAGACAUCACUCUACAAAUUGGAUUGUCGUGAAGCAGAGAUUUAUUACUCACUGUGUCCGAACUCUGCAGAAUCAUUGGAUCUGUGUGACGAAACAGACGAAGGAGAUGAGGCCAACGAUUGCGAUCUCUACUACAUGAGCAGCAAUGACGAUAGUUCCUUCAGCGAUUGGAAAAGGCCCACGCCGAAUGUGUCUGUAGUCCAGCCGAUACCUUUGGCGGUGAACAAUUUAAGUCACAUUCGGAUGUUAGGCAUUUCGGAAUUGGGUAGAGCUAGCUACAUUGCAGAUUAUGAGGAGACGUAUAAUGCCAACAGGUGCUACUCAAAUAACGAAGCGUCUCCUAAUUAUGUGUUGGACAAGGACAAGAAAGCCGGUGACAGGAACCGUUCGGGGCUACCAGUAAAUGGAAACGACUUGUGGCGCGAUUGGAGAAAGCCCAGGUCUUUUGGAGGCCUGUCGUUGGCGACAAAUGCCCUGAAUUUCUGCUGGCUGCUUGGAAACUCAGGAAAUGGCAGACCCGCAUCAGUCAACGAAGAUCAAGCAGCACAUGAAGCCAGCGAAGAAGAGAUCCAUAGUCCCUUGCUGGAUGACCAGUACACUAACAAAAACACUGGAUUGCUUGUGACUCCGGGGACUCUCAAGAAGAUAUACAGUUGGGGCUCAGCUGAAGCCCGCAAAUCCAUACUCAACAAGCAAGGCACGAGUUUAAGGACCGAGGGAGUCCAAGACGCCGGGGGGUCCUCAUCCUCGGCAAUUGAAAAGGAAGCAGGCAUCUGGAAAAAAAGUUUUGCUAACGCUGCAAAAGCAUCCGGUAUUAGUGUGCCAACUGCUGUCCCAAAGGUUCCCGUGGUGGAUGUUCCCAAGGUGUUGGCUGUGCAGACCAAACCAUUGGAUAGCCCUGGCAGCGUAUUGGCAGAGGAGCGUGCGAGCUUAUGGGAUGCGCUUGGUCUCGGCAAGAUAACCCAGUGUCAGACCUUCAAGCGAGAGUACUUGGUUGGCAGGGACUUUUCGCUUUUCCGUACCACGAGGAUCCAUCUCCGGAACUUGUUCAUCUUCCAUGAGCUUGUGCCGAGUUUGGCCAAUUACGUACAGCCCGAGCCAAGCCAAGAACCCAAGGGUAGGACAGAGGUUAAGUUUGAUGACGAUGAUGUGCCUCUCGAAGCGCCCCAGUCCAAAGACGAGCAGGGCAUAGACAGAAGAGGCUUUCAAACACGCACACAGAGUAUUUUGAAAGCCACGAAAAAGCCGGGGGACCCAAAGGCACUCCUUAUCCGCGAGUUCAAACAGCCCUAUUCGGCAAGAAAGAGAAAGGCCAUCGACAGGAAAAUGUGGGCAAAGGUGAUGCUCUGCCAACUCAAGCUUGAGGAGCUCAAGCGGGACCCCAAGCCAGGAAGCCAUCGACAAACGGUGGGGGCGUUUCGACUGUGUUUCGACUUCACUCGCACCAACUACGUGUACUUGGCCACGGAACAGAUCUUGGAGUACGUGUGCUGCUUGUGGACCGUCAAGAAAGAGGCGUUUGCGGUUUUUGAUAACCUCAUGGGAGCAGGGUACGAGUACGGGGUCUUUCUUGAUUUCGCCUCGUCGACUCGAGAAUCUGCCGAGACAUUGCAGCAGGCCCAGGCUCUAGUCAGGCUGGUGAUGCAAACAGUCCGGAACAGUGCCAUCGUGUUGGACGGACUCCGCCACCAGAUCCAGCAUUUGCAGAGCGGGGCGCCUGGGUAUAUUGGCACCAUGGUCGAUUUGGCGCAAAUCGCAGUCUCCAGCAGGACAGAGGCGUUGGAAAUCUUUGGUGAGUUCUGGAGGGACAGGAACGGCGCCGAUGAUGGCGCCCAGUUGCUCCAGCAGACGCAUUUCGAUAUGCUCAUCCAAGAGCUGGACUUCUUGGCCGACCGCAUGAAGCUUUUCCAGGUGGACCAGUUCGAAAAGGCCAUUGAAGACGUGGCUCGGUCCCAGGAGCUUAUUGGACGCAUCCAGCUGAGCCUCGAGUCACACAUUGGCUUGGUUCAGGACAUUAUUGGCGAGCGCCUGAAUCGAGUUGCGGCCGGCAGCCCUCUUGCAAGUUAA